GGUGAUAAAAGGGGGCGCAGCUGGCGGGAAGCGCCAAGAUGGCGGCUUAGGCGCGGGUAUUCUUAUUGCACUGUUGUCCCCUCCCCCCCGUCCUUCCUCCGGAACCGCCAGUAGGGCGGAGGUGUGGCCGCCGCUGGAGCCCCAGACGGAGGCCAUCCCUGAGGAGCGGCGCAGGGAGGCAGCGGAGGCGGCGACAGUGACGUGCCCUGCCAUCGCCGCCAGGAUGCCCAACAUCAAGAUCUUCAGCGGCAGCUCCCACCAGGACCUCUCGCAGAAGAUCGCCGACCGCCUCGGCCUCGAACUCGGGAAGGUCGUCACCAAGAAGUUCAGCAACCAGGAGACAUGCGUGGAGAUUGGCGAGAGCGUGCGUGGCGAGGAUGUGUACAUCGUGCAGAGCGGCUGCGGCGAGAUCAACGACAACCUGAUGGAGCUGCUCAUCAUGAUCAACGCGUGCAAGAUCGCCUCGGCCAGCCGCGUCACUGCCGUCAUCCCUUGCUUUCCUUACGCCCGCCAGGACAAGAAGGACAAGAGCCGGGCCCCAAUCUCUGCCAAGCUGGUGGCAAAUAUGUUGUCGGUUGCUGGAGCAGACCACAUCAUCACUAUGGACCUGCAUGCCUCUCAAAUCCAGGGCUUCUUUGAUAUCCCCGUGGACAACCUGUACGCAGAGCCUGCCGUCUUGAAGUGGAUCAGAGAGAACAUUAUAGAGUGGAAGACCUGCACAAUCGUCUCACCUGAUGCUGGUGGAGCCAAAAGAGUGACUUCCAUAGCUGAUCGGCUGAAUGUGGACUUUGCCCUCAUUCACAAGGAGAGGAAGAAGGCAAAUGAGGUGGACCGCAUGGUUUUGGUGGGUGAUGUAAAAGACAGAGUGGCUAUCCUUGUGGAUGACAUGGCAGACACCUGUGGAACAAUCUGCCAUGCAGCAGACAAGCUGCUUUCUGCUGGAGCCACCAAAGUUUACGCCAUCCUGACUCACGGGAUCUUUUCUGGGCCAGCCAUUUCUCGCAUCAACAAUGCUUGCUUUGAGGCAGUCGUUGUCACAAACACAAUUCCCCAAGAGGACAAGAUGAAGCACUGCCCUAAAAUCCAGGUGAUCGACAUCUCCAUGAUUCUAGCCGAAGCCAUCAGGAGGACUCACAAUGGCGAAUCCGUCUCCUACCUCUUCAGCCAUGUUCCUUUAUAACAGUCGAUGCUGCUGCUGAUGUGGCCCUCUUUUCUUUUUCUUUUCUUUUUUUUGGAAAAAACCAAAAUGUGUUGAAUUUGUUUUAAGGUUCAGUAGAAGAUACUUUGCUUACCUGACUGCAGCUCUCCUCGGUUCUUCCUCUGCAUUUCCCAGAGCUUGACAGGGGAAAGAGGGGCAGAUCACGUCUAAGCUCUCUGACUGCCAUCCCUGGUCUCUUGAGAAACUAGCGAUAUCAAGAAAUUUUCACUCCGAGUAAAAGUGGAGCUGACUUUGCAGACCGCCUUGGGGGAUUGGGGUGGGGGAGACUUUUUUGCAUGUUUAGCUCCCUGGAUGGUUUGGUAUAGUUAGGUCAGGUAGCUGCUCCUUGACAGAAGGAAGCUCCCAGAAAGGGGGGGGGAGGAUGGGGAGGGGUUGGAACACAAGGGGACAUUUGGGGGCUUCCCUAUGCUAGUGCCAGCUGUAUCUGGGGCGUGGCUUUUUCUUGGGUCCUGCCCCUUCUAGUCUGCCUGUCUCUUGUCUCUCUUUCUCUUUGCCUUUGUGUCCAGUUCAUUUCAGAGCAGUCUACCUAGUUGGCCAGAUGCAGGUGUUCAUUUUCCCCCCCAAUGAAACAAAUGGAUGUGUUUUGUAUUUUGGGCUUCGAUUAGUAGCAUUCAGGUCUCAAGCCUGCCAUGCUGAAGGACACUGCUUUCCUUCUUGGGCCAGAGGACGGCGGUGCAGUUUCUGAUACCCUGGGGGAAGACCUCACCACACACUCCUCCCUCUCUCCCAGACGCUUCUCCUAGUGAGACCUUAGGCCCCGCUUUUAUUUAUUGGUGCCUCUUUGGCGUUCCUUUUUAAUUCUCAUUCGGUACUGUGCACCAGACAGUCCGCAGAUGACCCACUAACCCACAGGUGUCAAACUCGCGGCCCUCCAAAUGUUAUGGAUUACAGUUCCCAUCAUCCCCUGCCAGCAUGAUGCUGGCAGGGGAUGAUGGGAACUGUUGUCCAUAACAUCUGGAGGGCUGCAAGUUUGACACCUAUGCACUAACCUGUCACGUGAGAGAGCAGCAGCCUGGCUUGGUGAAAUCUGGCUUGAUUUAAAACGAAGAUGGCUGUAGCAAAGUCUCUGGCAUCUCAGCCAUGGCUGCUGUGAAGUCCUUCAUUUGUGAGGUAACAGCAGCUACCUUGAAAAGUCUCUGUCGGGCAGGGUGGGGGGGUGUCUGCUUUAGAUGUUGGGUAUUGUGCCUUCUUAAUACACUUCCUCUCUCAUGCCACAGGGCUUUGUCCUCUGGCAAUUCUAAACCCAUUUUUUCCCGAGCACAUGGCAGGAAGAUGUCUGGUGUCCCAUCUGUGUGGCAAGUCCAUGUGUGUGUGUGGUUGCUUCUUUGCCCUGUGUCCUUCAUGUCUCCUCUCCAGCUGCUGCCUCAAGUCCACCCUGGGCAGUCGCCCAGAGUGAGGCUUCAUAAAGCAGCAACGGGGGUCGGCAGCGUGUGUGUUCCUCCAGACUUCAAUGAAGGAAUUAAACUUUUAUUUAAAAAAACAAAUUUCUUGGCUUCUACUUCUCAAAUGCAGGGGCGGGGGAGUGGUUGGUCCCUUUUUGGAACCUGCUGUUAGAGGAUCUGAUAGUCUGGCAUGGCUGACAGAACUGGAUUAAAGCAACAAAACAGAAAGGAAAAGAAAAACUGUAAUCCAGAAAGAGGAAGUAAGCAUGAAUGUUGGCAACAAAGCUAAUACCAGAAUGAAUAAUUUAAGUGUUACUUCUGAUAAAAAUUAAGUUUUCUACCAUUUCUAA